AGAUUUGAGAAAGUGGGUAAAGACUUUGCUCUGCUCUCUGGAGAGAACCCUACCUGCUGCAUCUACAGGGGUCAUCAACUGGAGUAUGGGUUACCUACUAUGGACCAAGUCCCUGGAGAAAAAUGACUGCCCCAUUCCAAGUAGUAUCAAACACAAACCUCUUCAGACACAGGCACUAAGAAUGGAGCACUACUGUGGUCUAAUCACUGGCAACAAGGAACCAGUGCCACUGAAGAGCAUCUCAGUAACCCUGUCCAUAAAUGACUUUGUGGCCAGUGUCUCUGCAACCUUAAAUUAUGAGAAUGAGGAGAAAGUCCCAUUGGAGGCAAUCUUUGUGUUCCCCAUGGAUGAAGACUCUGCUGUCUACAGCUUUGAAGCCUUGGUGGAUGGGAAGAAAAUUGUGGCCGAAUUGCAGGAAAAGAUGCAGGCCCAUAGCAUCUAUGAGGAUGCCCUCUCCCAGGGCUACCAAGCUUACUUAUUGGAAGAGGAUGACUACUCCAGGGAUGUCUUUUCUUGCAAUGUGGGGAACCUCCAGCCUGGGGCCAAGGUGGCAGUGACCCUGAGGUAUGUGCAAGAGCUGCCUCUGGAGACAGAUGGGGCCCUGCGCUAUGUGCUCCCAGCCAUCUUGAAUCCAAGAUAUCAGCUCUCUGAAAAGUCAGCGAAGAGUUCCUUGAAUAUAUAUACUCCCAUGGUCCCUUUGGAGGACCUUCCCUACACACUCAGCAUGGUUGCUACCAUCACUUCCCAGCAUGGCAUUGAGAGGGUCCAGUCCAACUGCUCCUUGAGUCCCAUGCAGUACCUGGCUGAUGACAAGACAUCUGCUCAGGUUUCCUUGGCUGAAGGACACAAGUUUGACCGGGAUGUGGAACUCUUGAUUUAUUACAAUGAAGUGCACAGCCCCAGUGUAGCAGUGGAGAUGGGGAUGCAGGACAUGAAGCCAGAUAGUUUGAUGGGAGCUCCUUCUGCAAUGGUGAGCUUCUAUCCAGACAUCCCAGAAGUGGAGCUCUCAAAGGCCCGUGGAGAAUUUGUGUUCCUCAUGGACCGCUCAGGAAGUAUGGGAUUACCAAUGAACAACCAGAAUUCUCAGCUACGCAUAGAGGCUGCCAAGGAAACUCUCCUGCUGUUGCUGAAGAGUUUGCCUAUGGGUUGUUAUUUCAACAUCUAUGGAUUUGGAUCUUCCUAUGAAAAAUUCUUUCCGGAGAGUGUGAAGUACACUCAGGAAACAAUGGAGAAGGCAGUGCAAAGGGUGAAGGAUUUAAAAGCAGACCUAGGAGGCACUGAAAUCUUGAAACCACUCUGCAAUAUUUACAAAGCUCCCUCCAUUCCUGGACAUCCCUUACAGCUCUUUGUCUUCACAGAUGGAGAAGUUGAUGCCGCAUUUAGUGUCAUUAAAGAAGUUCAGUUAAACAGCAAGAAGCACAGAUGUUUCUCUUUUGGUAUUGGAGAAGGAGCCUCCACCAGUUUAAUCAAAAGCAUCGCCCGGGUAUCAGGGGGCAUUGCACAGUUUAUCACAGGCAAGAACAGGAUGCAGACCAAGGCUCUUGGGUCUCUGAAGUUUGCUCUAAACUCUUCAGUGAACGACAUCUCUCUGAAAUGGGAUUUGCCAGCUGGCCUGUCAGCUAACAUGCUUUCCCCAAAGCAGACUGUCAUCUUUAGGGGUCAGAGGUUAAUCAUCUAUGCCCAAUUGACUGGGACUAUGCCUAAAGUGGAGAGAUCAGGAAAAGUAUGCUUCAAGUAUACCCUUCAAGGCAAGGGUCUUAAAAACAGGGUGACAUUUUCCCUACAGCCCAAAGCAAAUACUAGUUUCACCAUUCAUCGGUUGGCUGCAAAAUCAUUGAUUCAGACCAAGGACUUGGGCUCCCAUGAGACUUCAAAAGGAGAAGUGAGGGAUGUGGUGAAUAUCAGCAUUCAGUCUGGGGUCCUCAGCUCCUUCACAGCUUUCAUUGCCAUAAACAAGGAGCUCAAUCAGCCAGUGCAGGGGCCUCUGACUCCCAGAGUGAUUCCAACACCACGUUUGGGUCUACCUAACCUGGGUGCAUCAAAAGCCUCACAUCGACGACUUGGACUGAAUGCUCCUGCCUUUUGUCGACGAUUCUUGAGUCUUAAAAAUUCUGCCGAAACGAGGUGCAAGUCAUGUUGUACCAGAGAAACUAUCUUUGAACUCUCCUCAGAAUGUCUCCAUCAAGAUUAUGCAUCUUGUGUGCCAUUGGCGAUCAGUGAAGGUUCUGCUGGAAUGAUGACAAAUUCAUAUUCUUCUACGAAGGAAACUACUGGUCAAAUCUCCUCAGAUUGUGUCCCUGAAGGUUUUGAAGAAAGUGUUGUUCUGCAGCUGAUUUCACUUCAAAAGGCAAAUGGCUCCUGGGAGCUGGGCGAGAAUCUGACCAAGAUUUUGGGCACUAGUUUGGAAGACAUCCAGGCUGCAAACCCUGCCAAGGAUGGAGACCCAUCAGUGUGGGCCACAGUACUGGCUGUCCUCUGGCUGCAUGGCAAUGGCAAGGACUUGAAGUGUGAGUGGGAACUUCUGGAAAGGAAGGCUGUGGCCUGGCUUCAUGACCAUGCAGGUUCCUCCAUCCCGAUGCUCGUGCAAGCUGGCAGUAAUCUCCUGAAGUUACCUGUGACCCCAGCUGUCUUUGGCUUCUGAGGAUGCCACCCAUGUUUCCUAGCUACCACCAAUUCCCUCACUUUCACAUUGGCUGAGAUAGCUUUUGGGUUCUAUCUUUACCUUCUUUUUUCUUGUCAUAACAUUAAAGGACUUCCCCACAACCUUGCUUAUCUAUUUCAAGCACCUUUGGAUCUCAUAUUCUGCCCUCAUCCCUUCCUCUGCAAGAAGUUAUUAUGGUCCCCUAACAUGUUUUCUUCAAUACAUCUUUUAUUAUAUUCACAUGCAGAAUGACAUUUGAAGUUUUCCAGAGAAAUUACAAUUAAAUAGGUGGCAUAGUCUUGAGUAGCCCUGUGCCAUUAAUCCUGGGCAAUGCUUAAAUUAAUAAUCUGCAUUAUUGUUAUCCACUCAGUUUUGUUCUUUUAUUAUUGAGGAUCAUAGUAGUAACGUUUAUGUUCACAAGAGCAGGAAUUGGAUGAAAGUUGAAAAUCAAUAUCAAUACAACAAAUACAGCAAUAUAACAAAGAGAUAGACCAAAGUCAUACAUUACCCAUUUCAGAACUGCUAUGAAGAUCAUGAACUGAUUCCAUUUAUGUUUUUGACUAUAUUACAUGUCUUUAUUUCUGUUUCCUAAGUAUUUUGGUUUAACUAAUACUAUGAGAAUAGUGUUUCUGCAUAAGCUCUAAACACCUUGUAAGUUGGCUGUGAGUCCUCAGAGUUAGACUGUGCUAUGAGAUUCCUAGCCAGGCUCAAGGCAAGUGUUAGAAAAGAACAUUUGCUAUGGUUGAAAGUAAAAAAAUAGCUAGGAUUUAAAAUUAUCAUGCCAAUAAGUGUUCUUUCUUCUUUUCUGUCACUGUGACAAAAUAUUUGAGAAAAUUAACUCAAGGUAGAAAAGAUUUUGGAUGGGGGAUGACCUGCUGGGUAAAUUACAAACAUGAAAACCUGAGGACCCGAAUUUGGAUUCUUGGAGUCUAUAUAAUAAAAUAGAUAUGGUAGA